GCACCUUUUAACACACCCUGAACCCAUCCAGAGUCAUUGUUCAAGCAUACAACCUCUCUAGAUCAUCUUGACAGAGACUACAAAUAUAUUUAACGGGGGAAUCAUUAUAUCAUUGAAACGUUUACAGUUACCCAUCUUCAUUCAAUCUCAUCAAUUGUGAUUCAGUUUCUUUUUUUUUUUUACAAAAAAAGACCACAGGGUGAACUCAAUUUUUAAUACAUAUAUCAUACUUUUAACCGUCUACAUUCAGAUCUAUGUCAUCGAGAAAGACUCUCCCCGGAGGUGGUGCUGUUCCUGAAGGAAAACCAAUGGUACAAACCACUCAAGAACGAACCCCUCCUCCCGAUAACUUCUCCAGCAUUAAACCUUGUUCACAUAUAACAACCGUUCUUGAUUCACAAGCUAAAGAUAAUGUAUUUCUUACCUAUAGACAUGCAGUGAACAUCUCACAGGUUAUGGCCGACAAUAGAUACUAUACACAAAAGAAAGAUGGCACUAAGGUUGCCAACAAAAAAUUACUUGAACUUAAAUCAGAAGCACUUCAUUGCACAGAUUGUUCAAUGAAUAAUUUCCAUAAUAAUUUCAUUUGUUUACAAUGUCCACACGUUGGAUGUUUUAAUGAAUUGAAUCACUCAUAUAAGCAUUUCAAAAAUAACCAACAUUUUUUUGGCAUUGAUUCUCAUAAUGGAUUACUUUAUUGCUUUAUGUGCGGAAACUAUAUCAAUGAUCCCCAACUAGAAAAGAUUAGAUUAGAAGCAAUAAAUGGGGGAGUAGGAUCAGGAGGAUCAGGAGGCAAUGCUCUUGAUGAAGGACUUGAUAAUUCUGCUGAGAUCGAUUUGCAUUAUACUGCACCCCAUUACAAGGCCACUACAGGAUUGAAAGGAUUUGUUAAUUUGGGAUCUACAUGCUUUAUGAGUUGUAUUUUACAAACUUUUAUUCAUAAUCCAAUCAUUAGAAAUCAAUUUUUCAAUAAUGAUUUACAUUAUUUUAAUUGUGAAAGUACAUCAGAAUAUCAUUUCCCAAAUGGUUCCAUCGAUGAAUCAAAUGCAUGUGUCACUUGUAGUAUUGAUAGCAUAUUCAAAAAUUUUUAUGCUUCAAGUGAUACCGAAGGGUUUGGGAUGACAAACUUACUUCUUACAGCUUGGUACAAGAAAAAAUCACUUGCUGGAUUCCAAGAACAAGAUGCUCAUGAAUUUUGGCAAUUUAUUUUGGAUGAAUUUCAUCAAGAUCAUGAAAGAGUUUUAAAACUAAGUGGAGAAAAUUCUAAUACUUCAUCAUCUUCUACAUCCCCAGAUGAUUGUAAAUGCAUAACUCAUACAACAUUCUAUGGACAAUUAGAAAGUUCUAUCAAAUGUUUAUCAUGCGAUUCUGUUACCAAUACGAUUGAUCCAACAGUUGAUUUAUCAUUGGAAAUCCGCAGAAUUAAAAAUAAAAAUUCCAAAGAAGAGUUAACCCUUUAUGAUUGUCUUGAUUUAUUUACAAAGGAGGAAAAGCUUGAUGCUAUGUAUAAAUGUCAAUAUUGUGGAGAAAGAUCCGAAGCAACUAAAUGUUUGAAAAUUAAACGAAACCCUCCAGUGUUGGGGAUUCAACUAAAGAGAUUUGCUCACAAUUUAACCAGCGAUAAAUCUACAAAAGUCGAGACACCAGUAAAAAUCCCAUUGUUUUUAAAUAUUAGCAAGUAUACUACAUUGUCUUUAAACAAACAAUCCGAGGAAAUUAAUGGGAACGAAGUCUACGAAUUGUUCGCCAUGGUUUGCCAUAUGGGAUCUGUAAAUACGGGACAUUAUGUCGCAGUUGUUAAAGAUGGUAAUGGACAAUGGUUUAGAUUUGAUGACAGUGUUAUUUCAUUAGUUUCCCAAGAAGAUGUGAUGAAUACAAAUGCUUACUUGUUAUUUUACAUAGCACAUAAAAUUUAAUAUUACUAAUAAC